AUGGAACCAAACUAUGAUCAUUUCUUGGCUCAAAUGGAGGCUGAUCGAUACUCUCAACCUCCAGCAUCAAUGUUUAAUGUUAAUGCUGAUGAGAUCAUUCCUAUCGAAUAUCAAAGUCCUCAAGCUCAACAACAACUUCAACAACAACAACAGGCUCAACAACAGGCUCAACAACAAGCUCAUCAACAAGCUCAACAACAAGCUCAACAACAACAACAAAUUCAGCAGCAACAACAACAAGCUCAUCAACAAGCUCAGUUGCAGCAACAACAACAACAACAACAAGCUCAACAACAACAACAACAAUAUGGAUCAAGUGAUACAGUAACAUCACAAGCACCAGCAACAACCAAUAGUGUUGGUAGUACUACUACAACCAAUUGGAAUGAAACUGUAACCUAUGUAGUGUAUGGAUCACACUUUAAGGUACCAAGAAGAUAUGAUAUAUUGAAAUGUAUUGGUCAUGGUGCAUAUGGUAUUGUUUGUUCUGCAAGAGAUAAUCUUACAGGUAAAAAGGUAGCAAUUAAAAAGAUUAGUAAAGCAUUUGAUAAUAUUAAAGAUACAAAGAGAACACUUCGUGAAAUUCAUAUCCUUCGACACUUUAAUCAUGAGAAUGUUAUUUCAAUUAGUGAUAUUCUUAAACCACCUUCUAUUGAAGAAUUUGAAGAUGUAUAUAUUGUAUCUGAAUUGAUGGAUACUGAUCUUCAUCAAAUCAUUACAUCGUCUCAGGUGUUAUCAGAUGAUCAUUGUCAAUAUUUUGUUUACCAAAUGUUGAGAGGUUUAAAACAUAUUCAUUCUGCCAAUGUACUCCAUAGAGAUUUGAAACCAAGUAAUUUAUUAAUCAAUGAAGAUUGUUUAUUGAAAAUUUGUGAUCUUGGUUUGGCAAGAGUAGAAAACUCUAAUAAUCUUGGUUUCAUGACUGAAUAUGUUGCCACUAGAUGGUAUCGUGCACCAGAAGUUAUUCUAUCAUGGAAUAAAUAUUCAAAGGCUAUCGAUAUUUGGUCAGUUGGUUGUAUUUUUGCUGAAUUACUUGGUAGAAAACCUUUAUUCCAAGGAAAAGAUUAUAUACAUCAAAUUACAAUUAUUAUUGAUAUAUUGGGUAGUCCAUCAGAAGAUGAUAUUGUUAAUCUUGAAAAUGAACAAGCCAAGAAUUAUAUCCGUAUGCUUCCAAAGAGAAGUAGAGUACCAUUCAACAAGAUGUUCCCCAAUGCUUCUCCACUUGCCAUUGACAUUUUGGAAAAGAUGUUGACCUUUGACCCAGACAAACGUAUCUCUGUCGAGGAUUCUCUCUCACAUCCCUAUUUUGCCUCUCUACACGAUCCCGCCGAUGAACCAAUUUGUCUACACAAAUUCAACCUCUCUUUUGAAAAUUGGGAAUUGAAUCGUGAACUCUUGAAACAAUUGAUUCACAAUGAAAUGCUUACCUUCCACCCUGAAAACUCAAAUAAUGUUCAUGGACGUGGUAGUGAAGAAAAUAAUGGUGCCAACAAUGGUUUAUUCUCUCUAUUACAGCAACAAACUCAAUUACUUCAACAACAACAAGCUCAACAAGCUCAACAACAACAACAAUAUCGUUAA